GAGGAGGGAAGGUGAAGGACCGAGGGAGAAGCCCUGAGGCGAGGAAAUGCGGUGGAUUAAGGCGUCUCCCCAUGAUCCAUCCCCACGUGCGGGGCUGCGUGUCUAACACGCGUGUCUCCCUCCAUUAGGGCCUGGGCGGGCCCCCUCAGCCAGGGCUGCCCAGCUGACGGGCGCAAGACCCUCGCCUUCUGACGGAGGGGAGGCCGGGGAGGGAGGCAUAAAUACCAGGCCCCUCAGAGGAGAGGAGAGGAGAGAUACCAAAGGGCGCCCUUUCCUUGGGCAAAGUGUGGCCCCUUUCCCUCUCCUCUCAAAAUGGAGGACCAUUCGACAGACGCCUCUUGGUACCAAAACGGCGAGCCCUUCCCGGUGCCUCCAGGGAGCGGCCCAGCGAGGGAGAAAAGGGCGCCCUUCCCUCCCAGGCAGCGCCCCCGCCUCCGCCACCCGGCCGACGGAUGGGCCCUGGGGCGCCAGGAGGAGGAGGAGGAGGAGGAGGAAGGGGAGGAAGGAGAAGGGCUGCCCGCCUUGGAGGGCGCCUAUGCCGCCAUUCUGUCAGGGCUGGGCGAGGACCCGGCCAGGCAAGGCCUCCGAAGGACCCCUCGCCGGGCCGCCAAGGCCAUGCAGUUCCUGACCAAAGGCUACCAAGAAAACGUCGGAGAAAUACUCAACGAUGCUAUUUUUGAUGAGGACCAUGAUGAGAUGGUGAUUGUGAAGGAUAUCGAGAUGUUUUCCCUUUGUGAGCAUCACCUGGUUCCUUUCUUUGGCAAGGUCCACAUUGGAUAUUUACCAAGGAAGAAAGUGGUUGGCUUAAGCAAACUUGCAAGAAUUGUUGAAAUAUUUAGCCGAAGGCUUCAAGUCCAGGAGCGACUCACCAAACAGAUUGCUUUAGCCAUCACUGAAGCUCUGAAGCCAGUUGGAGUUGCUGUGGUCAUGGAAGCAUCGCACAUGUGUAUGAUCAUGCGAGGCGUUCAGAAAAUGAACAGCAAAACUGUGACAAGCACCAUGUUCGGAGUCAUGCGAGAAGAUCCAAAAACCAGGGAGGAAUUUCUCGCCUUGAUCAAGAGUUAAACGGCAACAGCUUGUGCUGCUCUGUGGGUUUGGACAAAGCAGUUGCCAAAACAUAAUUGCUUUAUGUGAGCCAGGUCCCCCCCCCCUCCAAGUCUGUGUAGCAUAGGGGAAAAAUCUAACAGUGUCACAACUUUAUUCUCCCUUCUGGGUAACACCUUACAGUGUUGGUAAAUAUUUGCUACAGAAUGCAAGUACCUUACUCCAUUUUAUAGAAAAGAAACAAGGCAUGCCCAGAGAUUGAAGUAAGUACCAUCAGUUAUUUUAUUUAAAAAAACUAACAACACCACACACAAUAAUAUCAUUUUAAUGCCAUUGUAACUGCCAUGACUUCAUUGCAUAGAAUCCUAGGAUUUAUAGUUUUGUAAGGUAUUUCAGAAUCUCUCUUAGAAAGAUCUAGUGCCACAGCAAAGUAUAAAUCCCAGGAUUCCAUAGGAUGAAGUCGAGGCACCAGAAGUGGAACCAAAGCACUAUGGCUAUGUAGUACAUAUGUGAAAUAAACCUAAGACAUAACUGAGUUACAUUAUGGCUGUAAUGUAAAGAGGAAUGUCACAUUUUUUGCAGCAUAAUUGCUACCGUUUUACAAACAGAUAUCAGUCAGUGAUACCUUUAUUGGCCAACUGAAAUGCACAAUAUGCUUGUUGUAAACUUUUGAAGCUCCAUGGGCUUAUUCAUCAGGCAAGAUUUUACAAACCAAACAGGAGGGGUAAAAACAAUUGGAG